UGUCAAGGACGCUUUGGUUGCAAAGACGCGAAAGAAUGUAAUCACAACAAAACCGUGAAAACGAGUGGGAAAAACAGUUCGUGUACCUAUGAUCAUUUUCAUAAUAUCGCGUAAGAAAGGGACUAAAAUGUUCUAUUCAAUUUGAACUGUGGAAGUUGGAGUAACAAAUCACAAAAAUGUCUACCAUGCUUGCAGAAGUGCAAGCGCUGGUGCUUCAAUAUGUACCGGAGUUGAUCAAAUCUUUAACCGGGUUUGAUGAAUCGGAAGAAAACUUUAACAUCUGUUAUAAUUUCACCAUGGGUACCAUAAGAAAUGACCGGUACCUGUCGGUUAAUAGCCACGAAAUACGGAGAAUGAUGCAGGCGAUUAUAGAAAACAUGGAAAUUUCAAACUUUACCACUGAAGCUGGCCAUCUGCGCCGAUGCUACGAAGAAUUGAUCAGUGAUCCAACGUGUCUGGAUCACUAUGUUCAUGACAUUCACUGGUCGGUGUUGUUGUUUCUUCUAACCGUAGCCUAUAAUCCGGUUGGAGCACUAAAGGAACGAUUACGAACUGGUGAAAUUAUUCAGCUGUUCGAACCAGAAGCAACGGAAGUGAGUUGUCAGGAUAAGGAGCGAGAAGAUUUAAUUGCGGAGUUGUUGGCAGAAAAUCUUCCGCUUGAACCGUACGACGAUAAAGAAGGAUCGGAGCUGAGCGAUUGGAGUGAUUUAGAAGAGGUCGCAUCGGGAAACUACAACAGUAUCGAACAAAAAGAAGUGGAGAUAGAAUCCAUCGAAGUUGGUAACAAAUUCGACAGUAGAGCCAUUGAUCUACUCGAACCGAUCGUGUUUAACAAGAUUGAACCUCCGAGACAAGAAGAAAGCUACGAAACUUUUAAUGAAGGGUUUGCUGGGGAAUGGCUGCAGAACAACGUUCAAGAGGCCUGGUGGGACGAUCCGCAGUACAAGGUCGAAGUAAACAGCGAACACAGAGGGGCAUCGUUUUGUGAUUUCUGGACUGAGCGCAUCGUAAAAGUGUCUCAUGGAUUUCUUAAAAGCGACCCCGUCUCGACGGUGUCGGAGUAUUCCAUGCUAAGGGAAAUAUUGUGGAUGUUUACCAACCCUGUCGAUUGUAAGCUCUUCCGCAUCGAUGACGAUCAAAUAUGGAUCAACACAAAUGUGUCACUAUCCAGCACGACCGAACACGGCAUACAAACGUUCCUGUUGAACUUCACCGAAUAUAUGACCAUUGCAUACCGUUUGCGGAACUUCUGUAGCAGCAUUUUGGAACAUACGGCGCGAAGCCUUCCUGCUCCACACUCCUUCGAAUGCUAUGCGGCCGGUGUGAAAAGCUUCAUGGACAACAUAGAAGCGGUAAUGAUAGAGCACGAAAAGGAACUUAUUAAGCAGGAACCAGGCAAAACGUACACAAUCAUAAAGCUCUUCCACGAUCUAGAACCCGAGCUGUUUGUGCUGAAGAAACUGUACGAUAUUCAUAAAUUUUCCGUGCUGGAUUGGACCAAGUUCCCCGCACACAUUGCCGUGGCGCAUUUGCUGUCUGGGCUUUUCCGAAGCGUUAAGCUAAGCGCCAACCUGGAAAAAGGAAACCUUGCCUUUGCAUUGCUUCUCGCUGCAUUGAAGUGUUACAUGAACAUGAUCGACACCUGGUGGACGGAAGGCAGACUCGACGAUUGGCGAGAGGAAUUUCUGGUCGAGAAAACAUACGCAGAAAAUUCAUCCACCGGUCUACAGACAGGGUAUCAGGCAAGGUUGUUCUCGAAAUGCAAGAUACGAUCAUUUUACGUGAGUUCCACCAUUUCGGAGGUGAUUGAAAAUGAUCCAAUCAUUAAACUGUUGCUACAUCACUCCUUGGAGGCCGGUUACACGUUAAAUAUUCUGAAUGGUCUGGACAGAAUAAGCGACAUGCGAAAGGAACAAGGAACGGAUGAAAAUUUGAUCUAUGCCAGCUUUCUAGAAACAAUCGUAAAAGAGUUGGAAAGAUUCCGCACAGAAAAUCCCACAGAGAAAAGCUGCGGAACUAGUUCACAAAUCGUCGAUCAAGAAAAGAAAAAUGAAAAUGCGCUUAUGGAAAAUCUUCGAAAACAAAUGCGUGAAAUUUGUGAUGAUGAUCUUUUACUUGUAGCGUUCAACAGCACACUCCAGUUAGUCGAUGAGAGUUGUCGACAGACUGGAACUGCGGAGCCUUCGUCUGUGAUCGAGCAAUCAACUCGGAAGCUUUCGAACGCUUACACGCUCUAUACGAUUCUUAACUCGAUUUCUACCCUCCAGCUUCCACUUGAGCACGUGUUGUUUAAUGCUAUUAAAAACCUAAUGGAAACGAAGCGCCAGGCAGCAAACCACUAUGUGACGUACAUCUAUAAGGACGAAUUUCAUGUGAUGGAUCAUCUGAAGAACAUUCGUAAGGUACUGUUGCUCGAGGCAAGCGAUCUUAUGGAUUAUUUCUACACCGAUCUGUUUCGGCGGAUUGAAGCAGGUGAAAGUUGGGCCAAUCCUUACCUGCUCACGAUACAGCUGAACGAUAUUUUGGCGUCACGGUUUAACGACAUGACAUCGCUCUUCACUGUCGAGGUAAAUCGUACGGCUGGAUACAAGCUCGAUACGACCGUAGUGCUGAUGGCGAUCGAUGAAAUAUGCGUGCUGUACAAUCCCAGUCACGAUUUAAGCAACAUGAUCAAUGACGAAACCAUGGCUAGCUACAACAGUGUAUUCCGGUUCUUGUUGAAAGUGAAAUGGGCCCUUGGUACGCUGGAAAUGUUGCGCUUUCCUGAAUCUCAGAAAAAACGCCCACCGUACGCUAGCUUCGGGAUGCUUGAUCUGAUACUGAAGCGAUUGGCUAUGCUUAAAUUUUGGAUGAUAUUUUCGGUGCAGUCCAUUCAUUCUCACUUGAUGACGCACGUACUGCAAUCGUUUGGCGAACAGCUCGACGAGAAGCUCGAUUUGGCCGAUAAUCUGAGUGAAAUGAUAGCAGUUCAUCAGUCCUACAUUGGGACCAUAUUUGAUCAUUGCUUCCAGCAGGAUGAUAGCAAACCCGUUAUGGAAGGUGUUAUACGGUUGCUUAACUUGGUGCACAUUUUGCGCGACGAAUGGAACAACACGGUGCUUUACACCGAAAUGGACGCACGUGGGGAUAUAACGGAUAACAGCACGUUGGGGGAUUUCAUUACGAAUUCACAGGUCGAUGAACUGGAACAAACGUACUGCAAGUGUCAUCAGCAGCUGGCAAAACUACUUAGCCGGGAAGCGUACGGAAAGCACAAGCUGCAUCUUACGGGAUUGGCUGAUGCAUUUAGUUACAAUGUGCCCUACUAAGAAACGUAGGAUGCUCAAGGAUUAGUAUUGCAAACUGCGUUUUGUGCCGAUGUCGUCCAAUAUCUGUUGCAGUUCGUCAUCCUCAAAGCGACCCUCGAGCGAGGGAAUAAGAGCUUUUGCUUCUUCCGGCGAAGCUGGGCAAAGGUUUCCCAGUGCUGCGAGUUCAAACUUGUGAAGUUUUUUCUGCAUGAGCAAACUAAUGAACAAAAACAACUGCAUGAAAUAAAUGGUUACACUUAUGUUCGGUGA